AGAGAACUAGACAAGCUUGAAGAAACGACUUGAAACAAGCACGUGCACACGACGAUUGCGUCUCAACGACUGAGGACUGAAUUCAGAAACCGCUACUUCUCCUUCAAACUUUUCGCACUUUUCUUGUGGCAGGCAGGAUAUUUUAUUGCAAUGUCGUCGAGUUGCGAGGGGGCGCGGGUGGAUGGACGAUGGAAACCUCUGCGAGAGGGUGAAAUGUCGCCCUUCAAAAUGUUGGUGACCCUCUUCAUUCGGGAAGUGUAUGCCGUUGCGGCGACAGAACGUAAGGCGACCGAGGACAGAUCCGUCUCCCCCAAAACGUUACUCCUCAUCUACAAUCUCAUCUCGUCGUAUGAUUUGGAUUCAUUCGUAGAACUCAAGUCAAUUUUGGAGAAACCAGUGCAUGCUGUUCGUCCAGAAGUUUUGAAGAAAUUUAACCGAAUAGUUUCAAACUUGGAACCAAAUAAUUCGUAUUUUUUGUACGAGCUUGCAAAUUCAAUUGUGACGAUGGAAGCCUCGCAGAUGGUCGUUUUGAAAAAGAGGAUAGCAAAAAAUAGCCCAUUUGGAAAAUUUCUGAGAGGAAUUUAUCUUAAUGUCAAAAAGCUGUCGUAUCCUCAAGUGGAUUUUAUGUACAAGCAAUUACUUAGUUUUUUGGGCAUUCCAGGCGAAAUGCAUAGUCAUAGUCAGGGGAAAGUUGGAAAGGAUAAAAGAGUGUUGAAAGGGUUAGAUCUGUUUCAGAAAUUGGAGGAAAAGAAAAACGGGGAAGGAUUAGAUCUCGAAGUAUACAACACUUACAUAAUGGAGUACAAGAAAAUGACUAGAAUUGCAACUGAAUCAGAGAAAACUUCAUAUGAUAUCCACUCAGAUUGGAAAGCGGCCAAAGCAAAGAGCGCUGCGGAGAGAGCGCUCACUUUGAGAAAAUUAUGGACCUUGCCCCAUUUGAAAGUUAAAGCUGAGAAUGAGGAAGAUUUGCCCACAACUGCCAUAACGCCAAUUCCAAUGCCUUGUGACAAUGACGGCGUCCUGGAUAAGCGUGAUGUUCAUAAAGUCAAAUCCGCAAGGAGAUCUCCUCGUUCACAGCCUGAGGUUUCUGUAAAGCGAAUCACGCGUUCUUCUUCUAGUCCAAUAGGAAAAGGGGGGAAAACAACAAAAAGACGAUCUAGUUCGCUCAGGAGAAUUUACUUUUCUAGCCCGAGACCGACUUCUCAAAUAGGGUCGUCCACAACUUCGUGUACAACGAGUACCACCAUGACUGCAAAUACCUCAGUGACACAUUCACCAGGACGAACAACUCGCUCAUCCGUAGUAGCCGGAACUUCGAAAAGCCCAUUCAGUCCAAUGUGUUCUCCAUUCUUGUCGACCCCAGCUCCAAGUUUCUCACAAGUGGGAGUAAAAACAAAACUUAUAAAUACUGGGGCCUUCAAAAUUCGAAUGAGAGUUUUUCCCAACUCUGUCAUUCAAACAACAACUGAUGGAUCAUCAACAUCGAAAAUAGAAGGUCCUUCCACUGGUGGUGGAAAGUCCAGGAUUAAGAAAGUCUCCAUAAUGAAAAUGUCGUCUGACGAAGAUGACUUUGACGACGAUGACGAAAUCGAAGAAGACGAGCACCACGAUGUUGUGAUGAAAUCGCCUUCCCCUGUUGCAAAAUCUAGAAAGCAUAUCACGACGCCGUCAUCAUCUCAUAGGGGAGCCGCAGUAUCAAAAAAGAGGAACACGCCUAUAAAACUAUCUUCUACUAAUGAUAAUAUGACACGAGCGACCAGUAGCAGUAGCCAAAGCAUUAUUAAUCAACCUGGACAAAGUCCUCAGCUAGCACCACUAUCGCAACCUCCAAUAACGCCUGGGAAAAUAUUGAGAAAUACCAAACUAGAAACUAAAUUAAAACUGGGUUCGACGACCACGCCAGUUUCUAAAUCAGCUAUGACUGUACCGACUUACGGUUCUGAUCAAUAUGAUAAACAGUGGCAUGUCAUCAAACAUUGGAGUAGAAAGCAGAUUGAGCGUUCAGUGAAAGGUUUGAUUAAUCGCCUUUAUUCCGCAAAUUGUUCUGUCCCUAGUCCAGCGGAAAUCUCUCAGUUUGUUCGUCUCGCCUUGACGAAUCCGAGCAGUUCAGUUUUAUACCCGCAUCUACAUUAUCUGGAAUAUUUGAACUCCCUUCGAGUAAAAGACGUUGCUCGAUGCACGGAUUCCCUUCGUGCUUCUUUUGAUGUCAGAAUAAAGCCAAAUACCACCGAGAUUAACAAAGGAACGACGUAUGCCCCAUACAACGCUGCAAUUUUCUACCACCAACUUGGCUACAAAGAUGAUGCACUGUCUUCGUUGAAUGAAGCUUUUCGAUCUGGCCAUGCUGCCGGUGAUGCUACGUGCCUUCACCAUUGUCACAAUUUGUGGUCCUGCUUUCACUCGAAAGCAUACACUGAUGCGAUAGUAACUGUAACAAAGGAAGUUGAUAAUAAUAUGGCAUAUCUUCACUCAUUGAACGUAAUUGUUAACGCUUUUGAUGUUCAUUCUCGUGGAAUUGCUCCAGAUGAAGUUUUGCAUAGCCUGUGGCACUACAAUGCAGACUGUGAUUUAGAAGAAAUGGAAGGUCUCUUAUUAUCAGCGUUGUCCAACUUUUAUACCAUAUUUGGUUGGCAUGCGAUGAUUGCUUUUCCAGCCGAAAUGAUUCUGUAUACAAAUUGGAAAUGGAGUUCUCGGUUUUACGCAUUUGCCCUCUGCUGCUUAUCGCAAUGUUUACUCUAUCAUGGGGAUGUUAAUUCAUCUAUCGAGAUAAUGGAAUAUGGCCAAGGAAUCUUUGGUUUUGAUGCUUCUCCUGCUGGACAAAAUUUUAUUUUACAGUAUGCCAUCUUCGAAGCGAUAAGAAGUUAUUUAUCCUAUGAACCUGUUUCAAGCAAUGUGAUUGCGACAAUAAUUUCUAUCGACGAAAUUGAGGGAGUUUACUGGAAAGGAUACAAUCUUAUGAUUAGAAAUAAUUGGAGAGAUGCUAAUAAACUUUUUACAAAGUUUUUGGUUCAUUUGGAUGAUAAAGAGCAGUCCAAAAGUUAUAUGAGGACCGAUCUGAAAUUAAGAUGUCUUCUUUUACUCGCCGAAUUGGAAUGUUUAUGUCGCAAUCCUGCUGGAUCUGUAACAUAUUUAUCCGACGCAUUGGAUAUUGCUGCCACAAUCCAUUCAGACGUUUACACCACGCUGUGUCUAUAUAAUUCUGCUGCAGUUCAAUGUGAAAUUGGACUUGAGAAAACAAGUGCAUCGACCAUUGAGAAGAAAUUAAGAUGUGUCAUUCGCUCAACAAAUCCAUGGUUGACAGCCAAGAUGAAUUUAGUAAAAGUUAAAAUAACAAUGAAAAUAGAAGAAACUGUGACAAAUGAGACAAGAGUCCGACUUAUGGCCAUGUUGGAUGAGUCGGAACAGCUUUACCAAAAUUGGGGAAAUAAUUAUAGAUUAAAGGAUAUUUUAAGCUUAAAAGCAGAAUUAAUAGACAGGUCAACCGAUUUAGAAAGCAAUGGAUCUGGAUUUAUGGAUCAGCUUCACGAAAUUACGACUCAUUUGAACUGGACAAAAGAAACUUGCAUCAUGUAGGCGACGGUAUAAAAGUGUCGAUCUCAUUACUUAAGACGAACUUAUGGGAAGGCUUUACCGUCUUCUCCUACAAUUACUACACGUUAUUUAUAUGGAUUAAUUGUAAGUAUGGAUUAGACUUUUGUAUUUUCAUGCUAACGUAUCCGCAUAAUUGGUUCAACCUGUUAAUAUUGAUCAUCAAAGUAAGUUUAAUCCGCCCACUAAAUACAAAUAUUUACAAUUUGUAUUGGAAAGCUAAACUAUAACAUCAAUAAAAGUUUAUUUGUUAUCAUCCAA